AUGGUAAAAAAUGAGCUGGAGAGGCUUCUCAAAGUUGGGUUCAUCAAAACUGAAAGAUAUGCUGGUGAACUGAGCAGCCCUUCAUGGAUGAACAUUCAAGCUACAACCAGAUCUUUACAACGGCAGAAGAUACACCCAAAAUUACAUUCCGAUGUCCAAAUGCCCUUGGAGCUUUUAAGCGGGUUCAAGUACCCCUCCUACAGAGAGCACCAUGCAGAUCUCAGGAGAGCAUUGACUAUAAUGAGAAAAUAUGGCUUGAAGAUAAAUCCCUUGAAAUAUGCCUUUAAAGUUUCAACAAGAAAUUUCUUGGGAUUUAUGGUUCAUCAAAAGGGCAUCGACGUUGAUGAGAAUAAAGCCAGAGUUGCUCUUGAAACACAACCUCUUAGCAAUAAGAAGGAGCUCCAAAGAUUCCUGGGGCAAAUUAACUUUCUCAAAAGAUUCAUCUCCAAUUUUGCUGAGAAAGUCCAGAGAUAUAGUAAUAUGGAGAAGACAAAAUUGUUUCAAGCACCGGCAGAACCAGAAGUGCCCCUUGUUUCAAAGAGAGGAGGACGAGUUAGUCACAUUUCAUUUGAUGGUCAGAGAAUUUCUAGCCAGACAAUUAAAAACCGAGUUUCAUGUCGUAAAGCAAUGAAAAAAGCUAUUGAAUUAGCUGAACAGAUGAAUACAAAAGGAAUUCAAGUACAAAUUGUAGGGCGUAUCAACGGAAAAGAAAUUGCACGUGUUGACUGGAUCAGAGAAGGUAGAGUUCCUCUACAAACAAUUCGAGCUAAAAUCGAUUAUUGUUCCUAUACUGUUCAAACUCUUUAUGGGGUAUUGGGAAUCAAAAUUUGGAUAUUUGGAGACGAGGAAUAA